GCCACGAGUUGUUGACCAGACUACUCUCGAUAGCAAGGUCAAUCAAAACCUAAUACUAGCUUCUAGCAGAUAUGGUCAUCAAAAGAAGGCAAAUGGCAGAGACAUUAGCACCACAAAGGACAUGGGAAUGGAGCUGAGCAGUGAUGAGAAUGCAGUAAAGUUGGCUGCCAAGUACCAGGCAAACAUUGUCAUAGCAACUGCAGCCCUGGCAACCCUCGCUGACAACCAUGCCCCUGAGUAUGAAAAAAACUGGCGUAUUCCAGUGCAGAUCAAGUUGGCUAAAACGGCAGACACUGAUUCAACGCUGAAGACCGUUUAUAUCAGUGAUCCUCUGACAAAUUCAAGCUUCCCACAUGAGGUCAGCCAAGCAUUUCAUCGAGUGGCACUACUUGACCUGAUGGAAGGCCUGGAGGGUCUGUCUUCACCUGGUGGCCCUGACAGUGCCUCUGUGGAGGUAGAUAAGCAAUAUGAUGACUACCUGGAGUUUGACCUGACAAGUCUGGAGACGUUUGGGUCCCUGCCUUCAAAGUCACGUCUCAGGAAUGCAAAGGACUCUCAAAUCCAGCACAAAGCCAAAGCUGAGAGAAAGUUGUCAGAAAGUGAAACGAAAGACAGAGCUUGUCUUCCAGCUGAUGCCCAAACGAUUGCUACUAGGGGUGCAAAUGUAGAAGAGAGCAAGUUUACGGGGGGAACCAGUUUAAAUGGAAACCAACAUGGUUCACCCAAAGGUUCCUUAGAGUCUACUACUAAUCGGGCAUUAGAAGCUAAGUCUUCUGCUGCCCUGGAGGUUUUGCCAGACAGUUUUGAGAUGCUGCAGGCAGUAAGAAUUCAGAAGGCCAAACAAUCACAAAUGCAGCCGUCAGGAACUUUGCCCAAAUUGGCCAGCUUUGGGUCAGAAGAACCUGUCGCCAAACCUGGCAUUGACCCCCAAAUCAAAAGGGAAUUUUUGGACGAAAGUGAGGAGCUCCUCUUUCUCAGUGAUGGCACUGAAGGUGAGUUAAUGAUUGAACUGUCCUCAGGCCCAGAUUCUCCCGUGAAACCAUCAAACAGCCAACUGACUCGUAAGACAGAAACAACUGGAGUGCGCGACAUCAGCAAAGAGGAAAAAGAGACUUGCGGGGAAAAUUUGAAAGGUGCGGGUACAGAAGACGCACAGCAAAGUUGUUCUGUCAGAUCGACACUAAGUGCAAGAAAACGAGAGGUGUGUUUGGGUGUGGCAUCGGAGGAAGCCCCAACCCCAAGGAGAAGUCUGAGACUUCAGAAGAACCCCCCUGCCGAUGUAAAGUGCCAAGCCCCCCUGCUUUAUCAACCACUGUCAAAGACACCCAAAGAAGUUUUACCUGAAAUUCAAAUCCCUGCACCGACUUCUGAAGACCCAGUUUGUGGGGAAAAUAGCUACCCAGCAAUCCCUUCCCGAGAGGCCGCGAGAGGGGUUAUACCUGAUUCUCCCCUUUCCCCACCCCCUCACGAGAAGGGGCUUGCCACUGGGGUGUCCUUUCCCCCAGCAUCUACAUCUACCCCCAUCAAGGGGUCACUUUUAGUGGGGAAGAGACUUGCUAGUGACUCUUUCACUAAGAAUACUUGCCAAGCACUGACCCCUGCACCAGAGUCUCUGCAAAUGAAGAAAAGGAGAACGGCAGGCCGGUGUGCUGCAGACCAUUCAGUCGCUGAGGACAAGCCUUGCAUGAGAUAUAAUCUCAGAUCAAAGUCUAGUGGGUCGGGAAAUCAAGAUCAACAAGUGGUUCCUGGACCAGAAAUACCAAGAAGAGAGCUGAGAGCCGGUGGGAAUGAUAGUGUAGAUAAAUCCCUGACCUCAACGGAAAUACCUACAAGUGAACUAGAUGACAUUCAGGAUGAGGUUGUCACAAAAGAACAGCAAGAAGCUUUCAAUGCAGUUGUCCCAGAGGAAAACCAAACUAUGCCGUGGAAGUCUCACAAAGACUCUGCAAAAUUCAAUGAACACGAGAGUAGAAGCCCAAGGAAAAGCCAUGCACUCAACAAAAGACAUGUUCUGCAAGCUGAAGAGAUGAAGACUGGAGCGGAGUCUACAGUUGACUCUAUUCUCAAACUCCAAGAGCGAUUACACAGUAGCAAGGCUACCCACCAGUCUCCUCCCCAGCCCCCAGUCAGUGCUCCUGUUGGAAGCAUGCAGAUGAACGCACAAGGGGAUGGAUGCUUAGAAGAUGCCUCAGAUUACAAGAUGCCAUCAAAGGGGAGUAUUGACUACAGCUUAUGGAGGUUUGGAUGUCACUUGCUGGUCAUUAAAAACAACAUUGAUGCUGUCACUGCCAACUACGCUGAGAGUAAUCUCAACAAGAUGCAAGUUGCGACCAUCCUGCCUAAGUUGGAAUACCAGCCCCACUUUGGCUACGAGCAGAUCAGCAUGAGUGAACUCAUCAAGCUCUGGAUGAGUCUGCUGCUGCAGCCAGGGUCAAAGGUCAUUCAAGGCCGUGUCAAUGCCUUGACCUCUGACCUAAUGAUGCUGGAACAGUUUGACAUGAACAGCGCCCUCUGGGAGCAGCCAUCCUUCCAACCAUCUCGGUGUUUAAAGAUGAUGUUCCAAGUCCUUGACAAGUUGGCCAGUCUUCCUGAGGGACCCUAUCUGUUGUGCCACUCUGCCGGCGACAUGCAUGCCUGUAUCUUGCAGACUGCUACCCCCACAGCCAACAAAAGAUCUGUCUUUGACUUGCACAAGAGCUGCAGCCAACUACCCAUGAUGCAAUCCUGUCCACCACAGCAGUUCCCAUGGUUACCACUUGAUACCAAUUUGUAUCUUCCGGGACAUAUUGCCACAGGUCGGAUCCCUGCUACGUUUCCACCCAAAAACACAGGGAAAAAAGCAAAAGGUGGUUUGCCAAAAAAGAAACCAAAGAAGAAAAAGAAGGCAGGCAAGAAGUAAUGCUGCUUUUGAAAGGGCUUCAAUGUCUGACCUCGUUAACGUCUGUGGAUUUGCUGUCAGAUGAAGACCUCAGCAGAAGGCGUUUCUACCGUGUAUAGAUUGCACUUUGUAUCGUUGUUUAUUAUGUAAAGUACAUUUGUCAUUCCCUCACUGAGAUAUUUUGUAAUGAUGAGAUUUCCUUAUUGACAAGUAUCCCUUUCCUAUUUUUAGUUUUCUUCUUGAUGUGAGGCAGACUGCUUUGUCCAGAUGUUGGUAACUGGUAAAUAACAAACAUUGAUAUGGAUUUACAUUCUGUGCUGAGAAGUUAGUAGCAACACUGCAGGUAUUUUCCCAUGCAGUUCUCUCAUUUGACUCUUUUUCAUUUAUCUGCAUUUGUCAAAAGCACUUAGCGACCAUAAGUUUUGUUUUCACUAAGGGCCACCAUAUUGUCCUACAUUUGCCACAGAUUCGAUUUACAGAUAGUGUAACACAGACAAAACAAAAACUUGGAACUGUGAAUCGGUUAUUUAUGUAUUAUUACCAAUAAUUUAAUUGUAUUCACACUUGACUUCAAUUAUUGUUUAUUAUAAGCACAAGUCCAUAUGACUUGCAUCAAAAUAAUGUCAAAGAAGUCCUGUUUUAUUAAGCAACAAAUUUGGUUCACAUUU